AUGAUUCCUCUAGUUAUCCUGUGGUGUGGGCUUCUUCUGUGCCUUCCUCCUCCAACCAGCCCGGCAUGCUUUCUGGGUAAAGAAGCAGAGUGUCAAGAUGCAAAUUUCGUGCCAGGAUCUGACUUGGCUGGAGAGGGUUUCGACAUAACUAAGAUGCAACGCCUGGGGACUUUUGUCAUCGACAUGAGUAAGUGGGAGCUCAAGAAUAACACGUGUAACUUGUGCAAAAACCCAUUCAUGCAGAACAAAAAGCAGAAGCUCCCGGUGUCUGUGAUUUACUGGAGGGCCACCCAAAAAUGCAAAAGGUCAUUAUCCAGCUCCAUUUAUGAGUCCAGCGAGUCCCUGGUCAGUUCCAGCACCUCCUCCGUAGAGAACAACUGGAAAGCCGGCCUGGGAAUAGGCAACGCGGUUAGUAAGAUGUCGCUGAUGUUGGCUGGAACGAACUCCAAACUCGCUGAGUAUUCAAUGACAAAGACCAAAAAGGACAAGUUCAGCUUCAUCAAGCAGUCUACAUCCUGCGGAUACUACGGAUACAGCAUUAGCAGCCGCUCUCCUCUUCAUCACGAGCUAAGCUAUGAAUUCAAAAGGCUUCCAGAGACGUAUGACAACCAAACAAAAGAAAGCUACUUGUCACUUGUUGAAAAGUUUGGCACACAUUACAUUGUCCAGGUGAAACUCGGUGGAACAGUGCAAUCUGUGACCAGUGUCAAACAAUGCAUGGCUACUCUACAGGACCUCAGUAUGGAUGAGGUCAAAGCAUGUCUGGACGUCGAGGCAUCUGCAAGUGUAAUGGGGAGGAUCAGCAUAGACACUGCAUACAGUCACUGCAAACAGAGCAAAGACAACAGACUGAGCACGCACAGUUUUGCUAACAGUUUUACUGACAGGUUAACUGAAAUCAUGGGUGGCCACGCUCAAGACACAGCGCUUCUCUUCUCAGCCAGUAAUGACCCUGGUGCUUUCAAUCAGUGGCUCUCCACAGUGCCAGAAAAACCAGACAUGAUUUCCUUUUCACUGAAGCCCCUCCAUAUGUUGCUGCCAGUCAAGAACCCAAAACAUGAGCAGUUAUGCCGAGCCAUUCGUGACUACAUACUGCAGAGUGCCCUUUUGAAGAACUGCUCUACACCUUGCAAGGCCGGUAUCGCAACUAACCCCAAAGAGCCCUGUGUGUGCAGCUGUCAUAACAACCCUGGAGUAAAAGCAAACUGCUGCCCUGCACAGCGUGGACUCGCUCAGAUUAGUGUAACUGUGAUGAAGGCGACAGGUCUGUGGGGAGAUUACUUCUCACAGACCGAUGGGUAUGUCAAGGUCCUGAGAAAUCAUAAGGUCUUUCUAGGGGAAACAGCAGUGAUUUGGAACCAAAACUCACCAACCUGGAACUGGAAGUUUGAUCUCGGCAGUUUCGUUCUCUCUCAGUUUGGGGGGCUGAGACUAGAAGUGUGGGAUAGGGACAACAAGUGGGACGAUGACCUCCUGGGGGCGUGCAACAUACAACUGAAAGCCGGCAUAAAAGAAGAAUUCUGUCAACUUAACCAUGGUUUGCUGUACUACAAGACGUCUGUAACUUGUGGUCCUAGUUUAGCUGGCUCCUCAUGCACAGAUUACGUGGGCUCUCCGAUGGCCUCCCAUCUAGAGAAGGUAUACGUGUCACGACAUGCCCGUCCCAUCCUGAAAGAUGAGCUGGUGAAAAUGGGGGUGCUUUUAGAUGAGCGCCGCUUGCUGUUUAGUCAAACCAAUAAUCCUAAAAGCAAAACGCAGACUUUGUGA